AACAUAUUUUUUGUGUACAUGUUUCUGCUGGUCUGAGAGUUCACAUUAAUUUAUUAUUAUGUACUAAAUAGCGUGUUAUACCAAAUACUGGUGUUACUCUAUUAUAAGUCACCUAGGUAAUACAGCAGCUAACAUUGUUAAAAGUUAGAAGAAGUAAUGUGACAGACAUUGCUGAUUCAGUGAUUGCAACUGCAAGUGCAAGGCAUAGAAAGCUAAGAAACGUCGUGUACAGUGGACUCUGAACUCUGUAAUAUCAUAGUCACAGUGUAUCAUACACCAUACAUACAGUGCCAGUGGGCGUUAUUAUGGAGAAUCCGAUCACGGGGCUGUGUGUGGUCACCGACAGGCAGAAUUGCCCGACAGGCUACACAGUAAUUGAUAAGACCUUUGACAACAACAUCGAUGCGGACCUGUGGAAAGAUGGCUUCUUUAGCCGGAGGAUGCUUCGCUAUCUGUGCAUCACGAGACACUUUCCUCUGGAAAAUGGUACGCUGAACAAUGUGUUGGCAGACAUAGCUGUACUGGGUGAACGGAGUCCAGUUCCACAAGGAUAUAGUCUCGUUGAUCUAACAGUUGAUACACGAGAGCGUGCAAUGAAGAAGAAACAGCUUGUGGUGAUGAUGUUGCCGAGAGACAGUGCCAGCUCAGCUGUGUGUGAGGUGAUCAUCCUGAGUCGUAUGCGACGACCCCCAGCGGGAUACACGAUCGCAGGGGAGGAGAUUGGAAGCAUGUGCAUAUGCUUCAAAUACGGACCAGUCCCACCUGAUACGCAGAAACCGAGUGACGCUACUAAUGUUCCGGACUUGCCGUAUUCGCUCAACCCUUCCGGCUACCUACAACAGAACACCUACCGCCCUGCGCCUCUGCCGCCGGUGGCUGAGGCAACCCAGGCUGGCUCGUCAGACGUCGGCCAGGCCUACCCAGUGCCAAUCCACAGAGAGGACUAUCCGAUCAACAGGCAGGAAUCGACUCUUGCGAGACAAUACACGGGCACCAUCGCGAAAACGCCACUGCAAGGGCUGCCAUUCCAGAUCAAUCCUAGGCUACAGACAGAUGCAAACCAAUUCUGCGUACCUGAUCUUGAUUAUAUGUCGACAAUUGACAUUGACAGCAAGUUCUGUUAUGAUUUCCGGGUGGAGCGAUCUGCAAUCUAGCAAGGUAUCCGUCACGCAUGCAACCAAAUGUUGACACAAGAGUGAUGCGUGUCUCACACGUGUAACGUUGAGACGCCACGACAUGCGUGUCAGCAGACUAAUGUCGUGAAAUAAUGAGACUUGGCUUGCAAACACAGUCUAAUGCUGAGAGGCAGUGAAAUUAGUAUUGCUGUUGUACCUAGUGCUGUAGGUGAUACAUAAAGAAGAGAGGGAGAGAGAGAGAGACAGAGAGAGAGAGAGAGAGAGAGAGAGAGAGAGAGAGA